AUGUCCGACGUUUGGUGUGUAAAUUAUACAGCUUCCGUUUUCCUUGACAACAAAAUAUUGCGGCAAAAUGGAGUACACAGGCAGCAGUUAUGAUGGAGAUCACAAAAAUGGGAGGAUGGAAGGCAAGGGAAAGUAUGAAUUUCCAACAGAAACAAAAUAUGAAGGUGAUAUGAAAGAUGGUAUGUUCCAUGGAAAAGGAACAUUAUUUUUCCCAAAUGGUAGUAAAUAUGAUGCAUCAUGGGAGAACGGUAUUGCCAUAGAGGGUAAAUACACAUUUGCUGAUGGUUUAAGAUAUGAAGAAGAGAAUUGGGAAUAUUGUGAUGGUUAUGAUAGAAGAUUUUAUACAGAAAUCUGUAAUGGUUUAAAACCUGCAGGUCGAUCACAGUUAACCAACAGAGUGCCACCUAGAGACAUACCAGAAGGCUGUUAUGAUUGUGGAGAUGGAUUCUAUAAUCCAGAUACAAGGGUUGUUGUGGAUUAUAAUCAGAAAUUUUUACGAAAUGCAGAUGAUGAUGAAGAUGAAUGGAUACGACGAACCUGUAGGAAAGGUUGGGAUGAGAUUGUAGGCAUUAAAGGGAGAAUACCUCAGUCUGCAGCAUGAUGCUGUGAUACCUGUAUGAAUGUGAUGGAUGUUUGUGAGCAAAUGACAUUAUGGAAACACUGUGAGAGCUAGUUACAUGAUGAGAGAUAGAUUUAUGUGUUGAGUCUGUUAUCUAGUUUUUGAUUUUUUAUAUUUAACUGAAAUAUAUAUUAUUUAUAAAGUUUUAUGGUGAUGAUGAAAAAUUAUUCUGUGAUAUUAUGUCUAAUUAUCUUGGCUUUAUAUAAUCACUUACUAGAUAAUAAUGUUGGUUUUUUUAAGUUUAUUUAUGUACAUGUAUAAGCAAACGAAAUUUUAACCAAACUCACAUUUUGAUAAAAAUCUAAAAAUUUGAAAGGUUAUUGAAAGAAAGAGACAAACUGCAGAACCAAUGCUAUUAAUUUUAAUGUAUUAGGUCAUCAUAGCAGUAAGCAACUAACAAAUAGUUGCAUUUGUAAUUGAUGCAUGCUACAUGUAGUUGUUCUGAUUCAUCUGAAUUAUCUUGAUAUUAUACAGAUUUUUUAGUCCAACCUAUUAUAUAUGAAGUUUUGUUCCUUAAUAUUUCCACAUAAAAAUUGUGUUUUGAUUUGUUACUCAGAAUGUUUGUAACUUAUAAUGUAUUGUAUUUGUUCUUCCUUUAAAAGUGAUUAACAUAAUUGCUAAACAUGAAGAAAUCUUGGACACUGAUAAGAAAUGACAGUAAGUUAUUGUCAUAUACACACUAUCAUGAAUUUUAUGGAUAUGAAACAUAAUAAAAAUUAUUAAACUUUAACAA